UCCUAACAAUGAUGGAUAAUGUCUCUGAAAUAACAAUGUUUUUUCUUUCAGGUUUGAAUGAAACGAAUACCCACAGAUUUACUCUCUUCUCUCUCACUUUACUGUGUUACUGUGUGAUUUUACUGGUAAAUGUUUCUCUUAUCGUGACCAUCAUCUUGGAUAAAAACCUGCAUGAACCAAUGUAUAUUCUAUUGUGCACUUUUUGCAUGAACGGACUUUAUGGAACAACAGGUUUCUACCCCAAGUUUCUCUGGGAUCUGCUUUCUCCUGUUCAUGUGAUCUCUUAUUCUGGAUGCCUUGUUCAGGCUCUAGUAAUAUACACAUUUGCCUGCAGUGAUCUGUCUAUUCUUUCAGUAAUGGCAUUUGACAGAUAUGUGGCUAUAUGUCGACCACUGGAGUACCACUCUGUCAUGUCAAAGCAAAGAGUCUUAAUGUUAGUUUGUUUCUCUUGGGUAACACCUUUUUGCAUUGUAGCCACAAAUACUUUUCUAGCAUCUAGAUUAAAGUUAUGCAGCCCAUAUAUUGCCAGGCUCUUUUGUGUGAAUUGGAUUAUUGUUAAACUUGCUUGUUUCCCAGCUGAAACAUUUGUUAAUGACAUUGUUGCAUACAUAACAUUAAUGAUAUAUGUCUUUCAUGGUGUAUUUAUUGUUUGGUCUUACAUGUAUCUCAUUAAAACAUGUGUGAAUUCUGCAGAAAACAGGGCAAAGUUCAUGCAAACAUGUGUGCCACAUUUAACCUCCUUACUGACUUUUGUUGUGACAAUACUUUUUGAUGUCGUAAAUAUGCGAUUUGGGUCAAAAGAUUUACCUCAAACCUUUAAAAAUGUAGUUGCAAUAGAAUUUCUUGUCAUACCUCCUAUUAUGAAUCCUCUCAUUUAUGGAUUCAAAUUGACCAAAAUUCGCAACAAAAUUCUGUAUUUGAUUACUUUUAAAACCAAAUAA